AUGGGCGCACCAACUCACAACAACGAAUCAACAGACGUUCUGCAGGGCCUGGUGUACACGCUGUUAGAUGUCUUCGAUGCUACCAGAGACCUCUACACGACCUUGACAACGAAGGACAAAAGAGAAUACGAGAUCCAGCUGCGGUCAAAGGGGUACCCGACCUCUAGGAAGCUCGAGUUUGUCGACGAUAGUGCAGCCAAUGGCAACCGAGCCAUCUUGACGGACAAACUAGCUCUUUUGCGAAGAUUUGAGGAUGGUCUUCGCGAUUGUGGGCCUGAAUUCGCUGUAGGAGAUGCAUUGUCGCACGUUUCUAUCCAGUCCCAAGUGAUCAACCUCCAGGGUGUACUACUCACGACAUUCUUGUACGGGCCAACAUCUUCCGAGUCUAUACCGCAGCAGUUGUCCAAAGUAGAUGCAGCCUCCCGUUUAGCAGCGACCUCAUCAGUCGAGAUCCUGAGCGCACUAGAAUAUCGCUUGCAGGCCGAGCUUCGAACAACUGAUUAUCCAACAUCUCGCAGAGGGUCGCUUCGCGCAUUUUCUAUGCCCGGAUCAUUCCAUCCAGACGAUGAUAACUCGACAGCCCUUGUGUCAUACAAGAAUCCAGUGAAAGUUCGAGCGGGAAGUCCAGCGAACACAACAAUUCUCAGCAAGAACAGAGCAGACAUGACCAGCGAUGACACGAGAUCUCUGGUCUCAUACGGCACACGAACAGACACUGACUCACUAUACUGUACGUAUGCUAGCGACCUCGAGCGACAUCGUUCUCAACAGCUAUGCUCAAGCAUAACACACGAACCAACACCCUCAUGCCCACACUGUAGACGGACUCUCCAUCUCUCUCCUGGCAAGGCAUGGGAGAUCUUGAAGAAUGACACUGGGUAUGAGCGGUGCUUUCAAGUCUCGAACCGCUUUGUCGUCAAAUGCCAUCGUAGCGGUCCGGACGCAGGCUACGCGUGCAUUCUAUGUUCGCGAGCAGAGGGCGACGUGACGAUCUGCGGUGAUGUGAAGGCACUUGUGAAACAUAUCUGUGAGGAUCACAAGACUGCGCAGCUGAAGGCAGAGGAAGACAUCACCGAGGUGGUUGAGCUAGCCGUGGGAGAGCGCAGGAGGGACAGCGGGCUAGCUCACUCAUCGUCACGGAGUAGCAGAAGAAGUACUAGCGCCGGCUCACGUCGUCGUGGCAGCAGACCACACGUCUAUGAUCGCGAAGUGGAAGCGAUAGAGAUCAGGUUGCCAAGGCGAGGUGCAUGA